UCCGAGGACUCAGGGGGACCUAGGCUUGGCGACUGACAAAUUCUGCCUUUCCCCGGGUAGACUUCGGACUGAGAAACUGGCUCCGAACGCAACCGAACCCGGCGCCAGGCGACGCCGGGUCACGUGGCUCAUGGCCCCGUGACGUGCAGGCUGCGGGCGGCACGGUGACGUUCGGGCGAUCGGCCAAGUGUCCCCACUACCUUCGUCCCCCGUGCAUCCGUGGAACUGUCAUGGACCUGGGACCGAUGCGCAAGAGUUACCGCGGGGACCGAGAGGCGUUUGAGGAGGCUCAUCUGACCUCUCUGGACCCCGUGAAGCAGUUCGCUGCCUGGUUCGAAGAGGCCGUCCAGUGUCCUGACAUAGGGGAAGCCAACGCCAUGUGUCUGGCUACCUGUACUAGAGAUGGGAAGCCCUCCGCCCGCAUGGUGCUGCUGAAGGGCUUUGGCGAGGACGGCUUCCGCUUCUUCACUAACUCCGAGAGCCGCAAGGGAAAAGAGCUGGACUCUAAUCCCUUCGCUUCCCUUGUCUUCUACUGGGAGCCCCUAAACCGGCAGGUCCGUGUGGAGGGCCCUGUGAAGAAGCUGCCGGAGGAGGAGGCCACAAGCUACUUCCACUCCCGCCCCAAGAGCAGCCAGAUUGGGGCUGUGGUCAGUCACCAGAGUUCCGUGAUCCCCGAUCGGGAGUAUCUGAGAAAGAAGAACGAGGAGCUGGAGAAGCUCUACCAGGAGCAGGAGGUGCCAAAGCCCACAUACUGGGGCGGCUACGUCCUGGACCCACAGGUGAUAGAAUUCUGGCAAGGCCAGACCAACCGCCUGCACGACCGGAUUGUCUUUCGGCGGAGCCUCCCGACAGGAGACGACUCCUUGGGGCCCAUGACCCACCGCGGGGAGGGGGGCUGGCUCUACGAGAGGCUUGCUCCCUGAUGCCCGGGCUGCGUGCGGCGCCCGCUGGGGCCGGGACCGGGCGCUGAGGGAGGGUGUGGGGUUAGGAGCCAGGCCCUUCUGAAGCCAACGUAUUUCCCUCCCACUCCUUGUCUCUGGGGCUCUUCAGAGUUUACCCUUCAAGCACCCUGUACCUACCUGGCUCCUAAUCAGCUGUCUGAUGGAGUGGGACAGAGGCACAGAGGGUCACAAAUGGAAAGUAACCCCACAAUGAUUUUCUUGAUUUUAACAAUCAUUGAUUGGGAUAGCUCUCUCUAGAGCAGGGGUGUCCAGCCUUUUGGCAUCUCUCCACCACACUGGAAGAAGAGGAGUUGUCUUGGGCCACAUGUUAAAUACAUUGUGACACAUAAUCACAAAAAAAUCUCACAGUGUUUUAAGUAAAUCUAUGAUGUGUUGGGCCGCAUUCGCAGCCAUCCUGGGCUGCAUGCGGCCCGUGGGCCGCAGUUUGGACACCCCUGCUAGAGGUAGCAGCGGAUGGGAUUCCCUCUGCUGGCGGCUGGGUGGGUCCCCAGCAGUCCCGACUUAGCACUGUGACUGAGCCAUACCAGCCAAAGCUGACUGGUGCCGGCGUAAGCCCCUGAGCCAACCUAGCCCCUCAGUGUUUCUUGUCAACUGUUUGAUAUUGGAAAUGGAGUGACCCGGAGCAUGACGCGUCAUUGUAGCCAAGUCACUAGUGGCAGCCAAGAAGCAUUAGGCCCUGGCUGCUGCUCUCGCAGCUCCCUCAGCGACCCUGGGUCCCCCCUCCCAUGCCCGGGCUGUGCAGGGCCUCCUCCUGCCUCGAACACCUUCUCUAAAAUAUUUUUUUUUUGUUUACAUAAAAUAGCUGAAUCAAUUUCUGUUGAUUGCAAAUAAAAGAACCUUAACUUAUUUAUUACUAGAUAUUCAAUAUUUUUAUAGUACUGACCCUACCGAUAGCUGCUUUCCAUUGACUGAAGUGCAGGAACCUGGAAAAAGAUUAAACUUAUUCUCUGUAGCUCCAAAGGACCCAAAGGUGACUAUCACCCAGAAAUCGAUUUCAUCUCAAUACGGGGAGAGACUUCGAGAGGGGGUGGGUAGUGAGCGUUAGGUAGUGAGUGUGCUGUUACUGGAAGUAUUCAAUCGCAGUUAGGAGUUUUGUGGAAAGGAUUCCUGUGCUGGUGCCUACAGGCCAGGAAGAUCUUAAUCAAGCUUUACAUUUCAUGUUUGUUUAUGAACAGCAUUGAUUGAUUGAUUUUAACUUCCAGGUAUCAAACUAAUUACAGAGACUAUGCCUUGGUGACUACCCCGACAUCCGCUCCUCCCGUCCCUGUUUUCCAUCCACACUGGAAGUGCCCGGGGAGAGUGGGGGGCUUUAAAAAUCCUGAUGAUGCCUGGAUCCUCCCGUUAGUGAAGAUUUCUGAGUGCAGCCGGGUCUCUGUGAAAUUUAAAGGCUCCCCAGAGAACUCUGCAGCCAAGAUUUUACCCCCUGGUCUGGCUCCUUGUGUGGUGGGCAGCACUGGUAUCAUCAGGAGCCCCCUCGAAUCCCAUCCUGCAUUUAACACAACCCCCCAGGGCGACUGCUGCCCUGGCCUCGACCUCUGAACUGCUGCCUGUCACGCCCCCUCGCCCCCCGUUGGAUUCUUCAACAACGCUGGGCCAAGGCCUGUGUUGAACUGUACUUGCUUUCCUUGAGCACACGUCUGGUGACCAGGGACAUCCCGGAUGAGUGGCCUACCGGCUGUGGAGAAAAGCCAGGCUGGGUAAAUGUUUGCUGUGACUAAGUCAGGAUAAGAGAACUAUUAUUUGCACACAUUGGCAUUGAACUGACCACUCUGUGAACGGCUCCAUUCCCGCUGUGGGCGUGCACCUCGGCGUCUCUGUGGUUGACCAGCCCUCCAAGGGCCUCCCUCUCCGUGUUGAUUCCCCCCCUAAGCCUGAGUGCAGGAAGACGCAACGGCUAACCUUCCCGGAGCCCGCAGGAGAGGGUGUCGGGGUGACCUCGCCCACCUUGUCCUGUUCGUGUUACCGGGAGCUGUGUACCCUCCCCCCAGCUGUGAGCCUGGUCUCAGCAGUUCCUUUCCUGUUCUCUGUCCAGUGCUCGCUUUGCCAAAUCUGUAAUAAAAGUUCAUCGGAAGUG